CUUUCUCUCUCUCCUAGUUGACCGUUUUGAUGAGCUGUUACGAUGAUUCCCUCUUUAAGCGCAGCGUUUUUUCGAUUGUGUGUUGUAUUUUGUUCUUAUUUGCGUCCUACGAUUCUGUCCAUUUGAUGGCGCAAAAAAGUCGAAUAGGCCUUAUAGGCUGCGCGCGCCUUCCGUGGAAAAAAUUCGUUCGUAAAGCGCAUGUCUUGUCUACCACUCGAUUCUUUCCCGAUUCCAUGGCCGACGAAAAAGUCGCCAACCAUUUCUACUUCUACGAGUUUUCCCUUCCUUUUUUUUUAUGUCGCUGGUCCGAAUAGGGAAGUGUUAGGCCAAUCGUCCGGCGAAUGGUCAGCGCCGGAUGGACAGGACCCCGACGCAUGCGCUAGUACAUUGGUGUCGUUCACUCAAAUGCAACCGGCCUCUGACCGCUGACUAAUAGGUUUCAAUAUUUGAUUUGCUAUUUUGAUUGAUGAAACGGGCGAAUAGCUGGUUAAACUGGUUAAAAGUGAAGAGUAAUUAGAGACAUUCACUUUUGGAGCAAUAGCUCAAAAAUCGGAAAUUCAAUCACCGUGUCCGUACACAAGUUUACUUUGCUCUGGACGUUUUUCUUUCUCACGUCCUUCGUUCUCUGCGUUCUUUCUUCCGAUUUUUACAAGUAUAUAUAAUUUUUUCAUUCUCCUUUUUUUGUCAGUUUUUCAAUCUUUUUUUGUUGUUGUGGUCUAGCGCCCCUCUUUCCAUCUUCACCCCUUGUCUUUUUCUCUUUCUGCUAUCUAAAUUUAAAUGUCUCGAACCUAACUCCACCCUCGCUCUUUCUUCCACCCAAAAGCCAAGACAAGAGACUGAGAAAGGAACUUGAUAAAUUCCGUCGGACCGAACAACAAAAACUACACACACAAAAUUGAGAAGAGAAUGGUGCAAUAAUUAAAGGAAGUUGACGGCGUCGAUGGCGUCGGAGACGUCAGUUUUUACAUGCAACAUCUCUUUUCGGACUCUCUUGAUUUUAGAAACCUUGUGACCAUGUCGAAGUAAACAGUUGGAAGAAAUUUUUGGAAAAAGAAGAAGAAAUCCUUUAUUUUUUAUUUUUUGUUAGUUACGAUUAAUCAACAACGGUCGAGUUGAUCCGUUGCCAAUCUUGCUUGGAUUUCUGGCGUUUUGUUUGUUUUAUUUCUGGAGAGAAUAAUGAAAAAAGCAAAGAAUAAAAAAGAAAAAAGAAAAGAAGGGGGUUGGAGACAGAUGACAAGGAUGGCCGUGUCCUGUCGUGCGCGUCUCUACUGCUAUUUUCGGUCAAAACAACAAGGUUCCUCCUGGUCGAGCGGGCGGUCAACUUGGUGAAUAACACUCGCACCAACUCAACCCAUUUUUUUUUUCUUACAAUGAAAAAGAAGAACUUAGAGAUGGUGGGGGAGGACAGCAGACCAAAGCAACGUCCGUAGCAAAGCCCUUUUUUUUCCGCAGUGCUAGUGAAAAACAAUCUUUGUUUUUUUUUUGCGUUCCCCUUCGCUAUCUUACUCACUAGUACGGAAGGUAACAAACACUAUGACAAUGAAUCUCUCUGUUCGUGUAUCGAAAUGCAUAUUUAUUUGAGAGGGGGAAAAAAAAUAGCAGUCAUAGUCAUGAUGUACUUUGCAAGGGAAACGUACUAGUUGGAUACUGAGAGAGAAAGAAUGGUUGUUUACCGAGGUCCGUUUUCACUUUUCAUUCUUCCCCUCUCUUGCCUACCUUUUCGAUUUAUUCUACAUCGUUUUUUUUUUUUGUAUGUGCGUAUGUUGUUGUUGGGGCGUUCACAAUUGAAGAGCGAAGACCUUCAUGAGUGACCCUUGGGCAGCCGGGCGACUCGCUCGUCAUCCAUCAAUAACGGGCUCGCGCGUUGGGUCCAUGAGACGUUCAAAAAUCGCCCCUUCUUUUUUCUCUCUCUCUCUUCUUCUCCUCCCCGAAAUCGGAUGAUUCCUUUUCAUUCAUUCAAAACGCAGCAUGCAACGAUAAUACAACAUUCUUCCGCAGUCGGAGUCAGUUUAUUCGGUUUCGCCGCCACGUCAGGGAUCUAGAAAAAAAUAAAAGGAAAAGAUGAUGGCGCUUUGGGGAGAGUCUUGGUCUACGACUGGCGAGUCAGGGAGAGCGUGAGAGAGUUCAAGGCUCGGUGAGCCAGUGACGGCGAUUAUCGUUAUAGAAUGAGAAAAGAAAAAAAAAAUAAGUGAAAGAAAGAUAUUAAAAGCAAAAGGGCGACAAAAGAGAGGAGAGAGAGAGAAUGGUCGCAUUGGUCAGCCACUAAAAAGGUUCUCGGGGCGAAGGGGAAGCCGAAGAAGUUGAGGAACGUUUGACCGCUGAUGCUACCCAUGAUAAGCUCAGAUGAUAAGAAGAUGACCGCAUAAUAGUCUGUGGCAUUGUCGGCUUAUUUAGUAUUGACUUAUUCUGAGCUCUUUACCCUAUUCAAAUCGAGUAACCGCUUGGCUUUUAUUUACAUCAAUGAGACGAAGGAUUUGCCCGUUCUUAGUGUUGCUGGGAAAUCCUCGUCGCAAUAUUCCAUUCGUUUCCUUUUUUUUCUGUUAAAAAAAAAUUUAUUCAUUCCUUCGUGUGAGUCUGUUGUCGUACGAGGAUUAAUCGCUUACUUUUCAAAACAAAGUAGCAAAAGAAAAAUUGAAUGCCAAUAUGGCUAGGUAGGUUCUUCACCGUUUGUUGCAGCCCUUAUUGCCAGAGACAUUCUCAAACUCAAGUUUAGCAGCAACUGAUGGGCUGACCCAAAUGGAGCCGGCUCGCUAAAAGCAAUACCAUUGGCAUGCCAGUGUGAUAGGUGUCCAUUCCCAUCUUGUCAGUUUUAUUCCAAUGUCUCUUUUGUUUUGUUUUCCUUCCUCAUUUCAGGCUCACCUCAAUCUGUUUUGCGCUUGUGACGUCAUGUGUCUUGUAAGCGCUUUUUGUCGGCCAGGUUUUGGAUUUUGACGCAUUUUCAAAAUUGCACGAUCCGUGAGGAUAGGGCGGGUACGAAUUCAGCGGAUCAAGAAGUCGGCUCUUUGUUGAAUGGCAAACAAACAUGAUAGACGGAACAGAGCUCAAGACUCAUCCAUUCUAGACUCCUCCGCAUUUCAAUUGUUUUCCUCCAAGGGCAAAAGUGACAGAGCAUAUUCAUCAAUCACAUUAGUUUGUGUCGAAAGAUAAUUUUUGUUUUUUCUAAUCCAAGAUCCGCCGGCCAUCAGUUCCGUCUUAAAGUGUCGAUUGUAAAGACAAGCAUGUGACGUCAUUUAUUCGCUCUUUUCGCAAGUGCAAUUGCGGUUGUACCCGUCUUUGAAAACGGUUUCAUUGUGUUCGACAUUAGAGCGGCCGAGCCGUGACGUCUUUUACGGAGGCGUUUUGCUUUUAUUCACGCGGGCACACAUGUACGUACGCAAAGAGAACGGACUUGUUUGUCAACAAAACAGAUGGGCCGUCUUUAUUUUGUCCUGUCUUUUUUCCUAUUGGAUCAGUCAGAUCUUUGGCUAUUAUCUUAUCGAUUACUUCAUUCCACAUGUUUUUAUUUUGGGUUGCCCGGUUUGCCCAUAUGACAAAGUGUGUUGCAUAUAGUCAAUGAUAUUUUCUUCACCUAAAAAAAAAAAAAAAAAGAGAAAGAAAAAAGACAAAUUAGCCGAUGGGUAUUCACCUCUAGUAACGCCUCGCGGUGGUAAAAACAUCAGGGCUAAUAAAUAAUCACCGGUGGCGCAGGUGUUUAGCCCCUCUUGUUAUUUUCUGUCUACCCCUCCUUCUCUUUAUUUUUUUUCUAUAUACUCUCUCUUAUCCUGUUCUCUUUUAUACCAACCAUUUUGUUUUGUUAUUAUUAUUAUUUUUUUCAUCACAUCUAGCGUGGUAACAUUCAAAUAUGGUGUUGGGCCCUGUCGUUUAGUGUACCCGCACCAAAAGAAAUAAUGAAUCCCCCAACCGCUUGUCCCGCAUCUGAUUCAUUCCAUGUUGGCGUUGUGGAGAACGGAAAUCGAUGUGCCGGGCACCGGAACUGACCCUUUUGUCAGGGUUCAUUGCCGUUUUAUUUCCUCUUCUUUUUUUUUUUUUUUUUUAUCAGGUUUUUCAAAUGACUUAUUUUUUUUAACACUCUCGAAUCCAUUUCUCUUAUUCGUUUUCAUUUUUUUCUUGCAAAUAACGAAAACACGUGCGCUAGCCACAAAAAUCAAAUUAACUCGCCGCAAAAAAAAAAUCAAUCAAUACAUAAAAAAACGGAAAAGUAAGGUGUCGGUAAGAUCGCUUGUCAGUUGAUUGCAUGCCCUGGUCCGUGUAAAAAGGUUAUUUAUGAAUAAAAAAAUAAAUAAACGAAGAGAGCCUCGAGACGAUUAGAAAAGGAGUUGAAGACAGGUCAGCUGCGAAUUUGAACCUCUUGCUUCUAAAAUGCGAAAUGGGUUUGCCGAGCCGUGAAACAAAUCCCACCGUUUCACAAUCUCACGCCGGUUUCUCUAGCCGAGGUUUUACCAAAUGGCAGGAAAAGAAGAGGCAGGAAAAAGUAAAGAAAAAAAAAAAGGAAAGAGCACGGCAGAGGUUAUGGAAAGGGUCAUCCGCUCGCCUUCUUCGGCUGACCUCUUGGCAGAGAGCACGCUCUCUUCGUAUUCACAACAUCGUUUCGUCUUCGUCGAAAGAGUUAUUCUGUCGUCAUUUCUUUUUUUUUCUUGUCUUUUCUUUCUCAUACUUCUUUAUUGUUUCCGACGCUGCUCGUUGGUUCCCGUGCGCAAUUGACUAGCAGCUAGCAGUUUAUAGUGUUGGAGCGGGUCAUUCUCAUGAACUUACGAGGUCGACAUUUCCGACCAUUAAGAACCGACCCCUCUGGUGGUCGUCUUGGACACUUUCCAAACGGUCCCAUCGUUUUGCUCGACACACACAACAACAACAACAACAAUAAUAAUAUAAUAACCGACGUCUUCUCUCUCUUUCGGCCUCUCUCUCACAUAUAAGAGAAACUGGAAAACACACACAACGACAACGAUUACUACUGAAUUAUGAUGCCUUUCUUUUUUUGUUGUUGAAAUUCGAAUGGUCCGCGACGGCCAAGACUUAACGUCAAUGUGUGUUCUAGCUCAAGUGGCCGUAUGUAUUUUUCUCUGGAAUUGCGGGUCGAAACCAACUUGGUACCCAACCAAAAAGAAAGAAAAAAAAAAAAAGAAAGAAGAAGAAGGGAGGGCUUUUUUUCUUUAUUCGAACACAUCACGUGAUGAGUAUCGCGGACCACCCAAUACGUUCGGGUCACCAUGUUUAUAUAUAUACAUAUAUAAUAUAUCUACACAUUUUUCUUCGUUUUUCUUUUCUUUUUCCCCUCAUCUCGCCCACCAACAUUUUUCUCUGUUCUUUCUCUGUUUCUCCAUCCCAAACAAAGAGAAUAUUUGCAUAGGGAAUAAGAAAACGUGGGGGAAAGAAAGAAAAUAGAAUGAUAACAGACCCGAUUGUGUUGGGCAUCAUAACGAUUUCGUUCGAUAGAAAUCUCCGCCGGCUCAAGUCUUCCGUCUGCCCAUGGUCAAUGCUGAUCCCGCUGCUGGCUCUCCGUCAUCAGAAAUGUUAAUUCUCUCUCUUUCUCGACGUCUUCCGCGCACGCAUUUGUUAUUGAAAUUUUUCAGUCGAUUGAUCGAAUCGAGCAAAUGUUAGAAAGUAACAAAAAAACAAGAAAGAAAACAAUUAAAAAAGAAGAAGGCGACAUGUAUUGAUUUGAUGUCUUGUCACGGCUGGCGAGUGGUCAGAAUCAAGUAACCUCUCUCUCUCUCUCUCUCUCUCCGCCCACGAAACACUGGAACACGUAGGGCGCGCCGCCGCCGAUUACGGCAGCGGUUCUUAAUCAAUGUAAAUGGAAACCUUUUUUUUUUUUUCCAUCUCCCUUUUACAUUCACUCUUUUACGUCGCAACGUUUCUUUUUUUUUUUUCAUUCACUUUUCUUGCGUGCCUCUUUGUCCGUUUGUCCGUGUAAUGCGUAUAGUUGACGCCCGCCGUGGUGCGCGCCCCAAACGAAACACUGUACGAUCGAGGUGGACGAGAGAGUACGCAAGAUUAAUGAAGGCUGAAUUUCACCAUAGCAUUCACAUGAUUUAUUUAUUUAUUCCUUUUCCAUGUGACGCCCGUCGAACGAACUCAAUGCGAUACGAAGCGUGCCGGGUAAGCGCAGACGAAGAAGAAGUGCACCUCAUUCAAAAAGCCAGAGUUUACUCUUCGACACACAGACACACAGACAAUCAUGAAAAAUAAAAAUCCAAUCCAAAAGAGAAAAGAACGGAGGUCGAAUGUGCAGAGCGCACGAUACCACAAGACGCCCACCCAAUGGCGUCGUGAGGGCGUACGAGUUGCUCAGUGUCUUAGGGGUCAUCUCGUUACCUGGCGACCGGAUAUCGAGUUCCAGUUGGUCGACAAGCAAUAGGCGUCGUUCGAUCUUUGACCGGCGCAUGCAGGCCCGAUGGGACAGGCACGACUUUAAUGCGUGCGUGCGUUCACUGUCCAGACGUGUUUCUUUUCUCAUUGUUGCCAAAGAAGAAUAGAUGCUAUAAGCAAGACACAGUAUUAAAAUGGAAAAGAGCAACGAAAAGAAGAAUAGCAAUAAUAAUAAAAAAAAAAAAAAGAGAGAGAGAAAGAGAAAAAAAAAUGGGGAUCGUAGAGGUCACGGCGUCGUCGCCGUUGUUUUCAUUCACACUCGUUCCUGCCUGGCUAUAAGCUUGGCCCGUGUUGUUGAGGGGAGGCCCCCGCGGCCAGGUUACUUUCCAAAUGAUUCACGCCGCCCCAUUCCAACCAAACUGGACGGCAUAUCUCGCCUUUGCCCUCCCGCCUUCUUCUUCUUUUUUUUUCUUUUCUCUCUGCUUGAUUUCAUUCCAUUUUUUUUUUUAAGUUGCUCAGUUUUUUGUUGUUCGGGAUUUAUGAAAGGAAAUGGCUUUCGAAGCGGGAUGCUAAAAACAGAAUAAGACAUGGAGAAGGGGAAGAGGUAGAUAGAGAGAGAGCUGCGAGGUCAGUGACGAGAGGUCAGCGUGACGUUUCAAUGGACGGGCGCGUGAAUGAGAGAUUGUUUCUGAUCUCAGAGGUGGGUUUCAUGCAAUUGUGGAGGAGGUGGAGGUCAACUGGUGUAGGCAGAAGAGGUCGUGCAGCAUUUCUUUUUUUAUUCCGUACUCCAAAAGUCUCUUCUCUCCGCCCUCCUCCCCCUCGCCUUUUUGUGGUCUCUUUUGUUAGCCCGUUGUUUUCUCAUCGGUGGAACACCGAUCUAACCGAAACUCGUGUGUGACUAUAGCAAAAAGAAAGAGAGAGAAUGAAGAAGAGGGGAACAAAAAGAAAGGCACAAAAAAAAUUAAUAAACACAACAACAACAACAACAAAAAAAAAAAAAAAAGAAUGCGUUCAUUAAAACGAAAUUCAGUGAGGGUCGCCAACGUGAGAUUCAGGUCAGCUCAAAAAAAAUAAAAAAGGGCUACAAACGUUUCAUCUUCAAAUCAACUUUUUUCCUUUUCCUCUUAAUCUAACCAAUUUUACCUAUCAACUUUUGAACUAGUAAUGUCGUUAGUUCAAAGCUUUAUCAUCAUUUUUCUUUUCUGAAAUUUCCAUUUGUUUUUUCUUCGUUAGGUCUACUUCGCUUACAGCAGUAUCUUCAAAGUGAAUUUAUUAUGAUUUUAGUUUGUGUCGAUGUUACUUUGUCGGGAAAGAGAGGGGGAAUCGCAGCUAGUCAAAUUAGUGAGGGCAACAGGUAAAACGUUUCACGGCAGCAGAGAUUUCAUUUUUUAUGUAGCGGUCAGUGCCAGUCGUCAGUUGAUAGAUGAUGACGCUGAGCGCGUCACCUGGCCGCCUUUUACGUCAUCCAUGAUAAAGCGUUAGAAAAACAAAAAAGAAAAGAAAGAGGGAGGGAGAAAAUUCAUCCAUUCUCGUUUGAACUAACACCCAUUAACGAGUGCCCAACUUUCAUAUCCGGUAACGGAAAGAUUAAACAACUUGGGCCCUACACAUUGAACAACUUCGCUUCUUCAUUUCAUCGCCUCUUUUGUUUUUUAUUGAGCGUAAACCUUUUUCUUUUUUUCUUUUCUUUUUCUUUUUUUCUUUUGGGUUCUCUUUCCCUGUUGAUGUUGACCUGGUUCCAACAAUAGCAUUCUCGCCGUUAAAUAGCAAUAACAAGGUUGAGCGCGAAAUUGUAUUUCAUCGCGCAGAUGUACACCGGCGCAUAAUCGGUGUUUCCUUUUGAAUAAUUGCCUUUUCGUCACCGUCUCGUUUCAUCACACUACACCUGACUAACGUUACCGAUCAAAAAGCCAGUUCAAUUCAUCGACUGUUGUUGUGCUUCAGUUGGAGUCACUGCAACAACGGUGUCGAUCAGUAACUGGACCCUUUUCAGAUUGCCGAGUCAUGUCCGUCGUUUCGUGCGGUAUCGAGACAAGAGGCGGACAACGUGCCUUUCUUUUUUCUCGUUUCAAAAGGUUUCGAAAAAAACAAAAAAAACAACAACAACUAAAUAAAGAAAUAAAGAAAAACACGAAAGGCUGUGAUUUGUAAACGGAAGACAUUACCCGGAAUGAACGGUGGUCACUGACAUAGACUUCCAAUUAUUUUUCGGAUUUAAAAAAACAAAAAAACAGAUUGAUGAUCCCGAGGGGUGGAUAAUCAAGCGAGACCAGAAGUAGAACCUUCGAAACGAUGCUGUUAUUGAUACUUAAAAAUAGCUUUUUACUGUAAAAAAAAAAAAGGAAGUGCCUGGUACUCGUCUUGCUCAGAAAACACGGACAGAGGACGUCAUUUCAGGUUAUGUUUGGGGUUCAUAUUCGUACACACACACACCCACACACACACUUUGCGAAGAGCGUAAGAAACUUUUGCAAGUAGGUCAGCAUCAUCUUGCCCUGGUAAUUGGUCACCAAAGGCGAAGGCAAAUAGCUUUGCAAGUGUCACGGCCAGCAGCAGUUGUCACAAUAUGUAAAACUGUGAACCCGACAUCAGGAAAACAUUGGCCCACUAUUUUAUGGCUCUCAAAAUGCGGCAACUCGGCUAUAGUUGACGCCUCAUUACUUUUUCGACUUCCUCCUUCACUUUCAAUAUAGUUUCUCGUUUCCAUUUUGUUUUAUUGAUAUCUCGCAACGAAUUUCUGGGGAAACAAGAAGGUUUUUGCGAGAGUUCCAACCGGACACGGCUUACGUAUUCGCAGCCGGGAGAGGUUAGUAAGGUGGCCCAACUGUCAACACAUGUCGUGCAUCCGGCAGGCCGAUUAGUAGUCGAGUCCACGAGUGUGUCAAAUAAUAACAAGUGCUUCAGAAACCUAUGGAAGCGUCGUAGCGUGCUUGUCUCAGUGUGUGUGUCUGUGGGAAAGGCAGAAUGUGAAGGAGUGUGGGCUAUACGUCAGAACUGAGCGUGCGCGCGUUCACUUAUUUAUAACUAGCAGAGUGAUGGACGUGGUCAGACCUUUAACCGGACGUGCAGCUUAUGGUGCGACACCGCGCACGGCCAACUGGGGCCAUCCGUCACGCUGUCAAUUCUAACGUCAUUUCGCCUCUUUAUUUUUCUUUUCAUUACGGCAAGGCAAAUGAAACGAGGAAAAAAACGUAGAAAUAUAAAAAUAAACAAAUAAAAAGCGAUGAUGAAAAUGAACAAGAAUAAAGCGUUAAAAUAAAAAAAAGGCCCCGAAAAGACAAAGAAUAUCAGCAGAUGAAAUCAGGUCGGUACUGGUUGAAACUGACUCUGACUCGGUAUAGACCGUUGGUAAAGGGAGGACCGUGGGUGGCGCACACCAUUGUUUCGCUUUCUGCGUCUACCCAUUUUUAAUCUUGGCUUGCGGUCGAGGCCCUUUUUUUUUAUUUUGUCCCUCCUUUUUUUGGUCACUAUUGAUACGAAUCUCUCGCGACGGCCAAAAAAAGAAAUAAUAAUAAUAAAAAAAACCCAAAAAAAAAGCUAAGCGCGUCGCAAGGAAAGCAAGAAAAGACAAGUAAACCAACUUGGGAGAUCAAAACAACAACAACAAAAAAGUAUACCGGGACUACAAACCCUAAAACGGGCGGCUGCCACAGGAAGUGUAUAGAUUAUUGCGCUACUCCGUUCCGAGAUCACCAGUCAUGGAAGAAAACCAGAAAGAGACGAGAAUCGGAGUGAACGAAAAAAGGAAAAGAAAAAAGAAAAAACAAAACCGCGAGUAUCCGGAGUGAAUAGGACGAAGGAUGCUGUGGCGUCCGCUCACACCACUCGGAUGUUGGUGACUUGGUUUUACGCUGAAUGCGCUCUACCUAAAAACACGCAGACAAGCCUCAAAUAAAUCGUGAGAAAAAAACACACACACAAAAAAAGAAAAGGUCACUAAGAAGCAAAUAGCGGAAUCCAUUGAGUUCCAAAUAGCUCAAACUUACUAAGCAGAGUAUAUGAAGGGCAUAUAGACAGACAGCGAGCGGAAGAAGAUGCUAAAGAGACAAGUCAAAAAAAAAAAAAAAAGCGGUCGGAAUAGAUUUAUUUAUUCCGGGCUUCUGGUCUCUCGACGGCAGCGACGGCGACGACGACUUCCUUUCCACUUUUCUUUUUUAAUGAAUAUAAAAACAUCGACUUUUUCUCUAUGUGUGUGUUUUUUUGGUUUUUUUUUCCUUUUCCCCUUCACUCUCGUGUACUGUAUGUGUGUAAGUAUGUGUCGUUGUUGUUGUCCCCCCCCCCUCCUCCUGCUUCACUCUGGUUUUCUCCCGUCCGUCCGGGCGUGUAACGCAUUCCUCUAUGUGACGGAACCGGCACGCCGCUCCACCCUUUACGCGCUUGUUUUCCUCCCUUUAGGACUCUCGUUCCCUCGUCCUCUUGUUGUCGCUCCUCACUGGAUCUCUUCUCUUUUUUCUUGCUGUUAUGUUGUGGUGUGUUACCGAUGAACUUGGCGGAACAUCCUGUUUGUUUCGGCAACCAGAUACUGUUGGGAACGUUCCAUAACCCCCAUUUCUCGGCCGUGUCACAAGGCGAGCGCUCUUAGCCAAUUCGUCUCCCCUCCUCCUCCCUGCCCUUCCUCUUUCGUUCUUGCAUUUUUUUACUUCAUUUUUUUUUUUCUCAUGCGGGGGAGAAACAAGAGGUGAAGGGGGUGGAAAGGCAAUCGGAUGUCUUGCAUCAUCGUUUUUCCUUGCCGUUCGUUCCCGAAGUUUGGCAAUGCCUGGCACGACACUUCAUUUUCCGAGUUCCCCCCUUUUUUUUUCUUUGCCCCCUUCAAAAACAUGACGGCACUUUUCCUAAGACGCCAAUAGAAUUCCACACUACCCGGUGAAAGCCUCCAGCGGAUGAAAUUGGAGAUUUCCAGCGUUUUUUUCUUUUUCUUUUUCUUUUUUUUUUCCGUGUGUAUUUUUUAUUUUUUUUUUUUUUUGUUUUACCCUCUUUUCUCGGGGUUACUAGUUCCGCCGUAUUGUGUAACAAGGUCUCUCACUCGCUCUUUUUCAAAGAGGUUGAUAAGUGCGGACGUUUAAGGUGGACUCGAGCAGGGGAAACUUAGGACGAGAUGGGGAAAACACGCCCUCCUUAACGAAUCCAUCUCAAGUGAAGCCCUCUCGUCCUCUCGUCUUAAAAUAAUGGCAUUUCCAUUCCGUUCUCGUCUCUCUCCUUUAUUUUGUUUUUCCCCCUCUCCCCAUUUGGCCCCCCUUCUGCUUUGAUUUAAUUCUGCCAGUUGUUUGUUCGACGUUUGUGUGAAUCGCACGCCAAGCCACCAGCGGACAUGAACCUCUUGAAAUUGAAUGUAAAAAGAAUCGGAAUUUGUGAGAGAACGAUGGCCAUAUCUAGACGUCAGGCAAAGGUAUUCGAGAGCCACACCAAACAACUUUCCAAUCAGCAGUAAUUUUGUUCUGCGUGGCAUUGUUGCUCUUGAAACAGUUCUUCUAACUUUAAUCAAAGAAACGUUCGCUAAACUAAACACAUAAAAAUGCACAAAACAAAAACAAGCCACUAUAAAAGAUAAAAAGACUAGGCGACUAAAGCACAAAAGUGAGGACCCACCCAGCAUUAAAAUAUCUCUCUGCUAUAUCGGUGAAACAAAAAACAUCAAAAUGGUUUUUUCUUCUUUUUAUUUAUUUAUUUUUUUUUCUGGUCUUAACUACAACCUUUGAAAAAGUCCAAUGGAAUCAAGAGUAAGCGCGCAUCGAGCGUACAUUUCGUUUGGUCUUUUUCUAACGUUUAGGGUGCCGCUAUGGUCGGUUGAUGCCACAUUGUUUUCUUGUUUUGCGCCCUUUUUUUUGAUAUUUUGGGGUCGUUUUCAGUCUUCCUCAUUUUUUUUUUUUUUUUUUUUCUUUCUUUCUGUUAUUGUUAUCGUGUUGUUGUUCCUGUCACGUCGAGCAGAGCCGGAAGAAAUGGCUCCCGAUUCGCUGACGUGCGGCGUCUGCAGGAAAGAGUUCCCGCUGGGAGAGAUCGUCCGCUUCAUCCAACACAAGGUCCUCUCUUGCAACAAAGAAAACUACCGGGUGAUGUGCGCCCGUUCCGGCCGCGGUGGCGGCGGAGGACCCGACGGUGACGACCUUUCGCUUCAAAUCGACGGCGGCGGGAGCAGCGGCAACACCGCAUCCGCCGCCACGGGAUCCGUUUGCUUGAGGAGGCCUAGCAUCUCGGCGCCGAUCAACAGCCGUCGUUUGACAGCAACCGUCUCGUCGUCAUCGACACUGACAUCGGCCACUGGGGCAGGCGAGGACGAACCGAAUGAAGCUGGUGCUGGACAGAGCGACCCUUGUUGUUCCGUCAAGGCUGAAGAGGAAGAAGAUCGCACCGGAGCCCAUAAAGGCCCAGCAACCGCCGAUGCCGGAUCCAACACGGUCAACUCCGAACCGGCGUCUUAUGUCUGCUCUACUUGCCAGCGACGUUUCCGCAGUGCGUGGAUUCUGUUGCAACACGUUCAAAACGACCACGGUGUCCGGAUCUACGUACCGGAUGGCUGUGGCGACUGGCCUGAACGAUCUGGAGCUACUGGAUAUUCACCCGUUUCCAACCACAAGAAAUGCCCGACACCGUUGUCGCCUCACGCAGCUGCUUCAGCCCACCAUCACCAGCAACUGCAGCACCACCACCAACAACAACAGCAACAACAACAACAACAACAACAACAGCAGCAGCAGCAGCAGCAGCAGCAGCAGCAUCAGCAUCAUUCACAUCAACAGGCCCAUUCAGCCCAUCAUCUGCACGGGAUCAAUCCGGCGUCGUUCGCUCCUCUGGCCGCCGCCUUGGCCAAUCACCAUCGAUCGAUUGAAUCGUCAUCGGGAUCCGGACAUCGAUUAACAAAUUCUACUCCGCACUCUGUGGCUUCCUUAGCCGCAUCGUCAAUGUCAUCAUCAUCAUCAGCGAUGCAACAUCUGUCCUUCCCUUUACCUCAUCCGCGUAUGCCGCCUACGUCGUCGAACAGCAGCGGUGGCACUAGUAGCCAUUCCGCACGGACCGGUGGUGGUGGCGGCAGCAGCAGCGGAAAUGGCGCAUCUACAGCCGUCAAUAUGUCUGCCCAUUUGCCAUCGCCCGUUUCAUUCCCCAUGCUGCUCUCCGGCCUCGGCCAGCAUUCGCAUCAACUGUCGACCGGACUAGAUCCUCACAUGCCGUUCGGAUUACUGCGACUGCCGCUGGGUGAGCGACACUCUUUCGGCGCAUCUCUCAACGCCCAGUCGUCGGGCUAUCCUCCGCGACCAUCUAGUCACGACCUACUGGUGCGCGGUGGAGGCGGAAGCGCGGCCGUUGCAUCCGCUUCCAGUGCCAGUUCGGAGAAUUUGAUUCCCGAACACUUUCGCGCCGGGCUGCACGGACUGUCGGCACUCGGCUCGUCCGGAAUCUCAUUCCCACCGCCGAUCCAGGAAUCUUUUGUUGGGGAGCGACCAACUCCUCCCGCCGUGACUCCGUCAACGCCACCAACCAGCACGCCCACCUCCGCUUCUUCGGCACUGGCUCAAAGCAUUCCGUCUAGCGCAGCAGCCGCCAAGGAUUCGGCCGAUUUUUAUUCGCAGCGACUGCGACAGCUGGCCGGAAACGGACCCGAGAGCCCCAAGCCCAACGGACCGUCUUCUAGGUCCCGCUCUCCAUCGCCCAACUCAGCCAAGCUGACGGAAGCCAGUCCGCUUACGUCGCCCGUCGAAUCCAAAUCCAAGUCGAAUGACAAUUCGGCAUCGACUCACUCUACGCUGCCGAUCGCUGCCUCCGGCGCAGGCGAAGCAACGGCCGAAGAAUCCUUCUCGACGUCCAGCCCGAAAUCUGGCGGAGACGUGCAAAGAGCUUCGAGUCCGAUAAGACGCGAGCACCAACAGCCAAUGGCGAUGAAAUGCUCGACGUGCGACUUCCGCUGCGCCACAACCAUCGAAUUGCGGCGGCACAUCAGGACGCAUCGACGCAUCCAGCGCGGUCGAUCCAGCGCCGCUCUGACGCCCGACUCCACAUCGCGCCGCGACCAAUACGGAUCGGCGGCUGAGGAGGAAGACGAAGACGAUUCGGAAGCCGAUUCCAUCGGAGACGAUCGUGAUGCCGGUGACGAAGACGACGACGAAGACGACGAGCUGAUCGACGACAGCGACAACGAAGACAUCGAGGAUACGGACGGCCAGGGCGGUGACCGCCCUACCGGUCAGCGCCAUCACGGUAGAAAGGACGACGAUGAUUGCCCAGAAGAUUUGACGAUCAAAUCCAGCUCUGCACCACCAACACCGGCUCCGAGCGUUCCUAGCGACAAGCCCAGUCCCAUUCAGCAACACCAGCAUCCCCUGCACGCGCUGCAGAACUUGCGCAACUUGCACCACCAUCAUCACAACCCCAAUUCGGUUGUGGAGGAGCUGAUGGACAGCCUGGGCUUCAGUCAUCUUCAUCACGAAGCCGUGCAGGCUUAUAAAGAGUCGCUGGCCAAGAACGGCGGCCUCAUGGUGGACGGCAGCAAGUCAGCCAACGAACAAAACGGCUUCGUCGAGAAAAUGCUCCGUUUUCGCGACGACCGCAAGAGCCUGAUGCUACCGGCCAACGGCUCCUCACUGGACUUGGCUCCGGGUCUCUUGCGCGCCUUAGAUUCGCCAGUGCUCUCCUCCGCACCGGGUUCGAAACGCAUGAAACUCGACGGAGAGAAUCAACACCAGAGGGGAGGUGAACGCGACGCCCGAGAAUCACUGUUCGCCGCAGGCCUUUGGCUGCCUGGACUACCUGGACUUCCCGGUCGCGAUUUUUUCCCCCCUGGAUUUACUGGGCCCAUGGGCGCCAUGGAUCGCGAUUUGCUGGCUCGUACGGCCAAAUUGGGUGGCGUUGGUUCUGCCGGCGACAACAAUCCUUUCAAAAGCCUCAAUUUCGGCAUGAACUUGGGCCCUUUGAACCUCGGUGGAUCAGGGCCAGGCCAUAAAUCGGGCGUAUCAUCGCUUUCCGGUGGACCGCUCCAGCCCGGACACGGUGGCUCCCAGUCAGCGCUGCAUUCUCCAUCGGGUGGUGGCACGGUAGGUGGCGGCGGUGGCGGCGGCGGUCUACUGUCGUCAUCGAUGAAGAAAGAAAGUCGCCGCAACGACACUUGCGAAUACUGCGGCAAAGUCUUCAAGAACUGCUCCAACCUGACGGUGCACAGACGUUCGCACACGGGCGAGAAACCCUACAAGUGCGAGCUGUGCAGCUACGCUUGCGCUCAGAGCUCAAAGUUGACGCGUCACAUGAAAACGCACGGCCGCCUGGGAAAGGACGUCUAUCGGUGUCGCUUCUGCGAGAUGCCCUUUUCGGUCCCUUCGACGCUCGAGAAGCACAUGAGAAAGUGCGUCGUCCAACAGCAGAAGAAAGCCGCCCGAUUGAAUGCGGCAGCGGCCGCUGCUGCCGCAGCCGCCAACGGAGGCCUCGUCGGCCAGGUGAACUUGCUCAUGCCCAACACCAAUGCGACCAAUAGCAGCAUGUCAAUGAUCUCGGGCGGGGAAGACUCGGAGGACGAUAUGGACGACAUCGAUUCGAGCAAUUCGGCCUCCAAGGAGACGAUGUGAAUGAUGAUGAGUGAAGAAUGAAGUGAUACAAGUCAUGGAAUGCAUUGAAGCAACGGAGACGAGCAUAAUUCGAAAGCAACGUUUAGUGAGCAAGAAUAAAGCCAAGAAUUCUCACUCAGUCGUUGAAAGAAAUGAUGAUAUACAAAAUGUUCCUCUGGAUUUGUCUGGUCGGAGUGGGGCGCACAUGUUUAAUAAUGAACGGAAUCAGCGUCUUCACAUCGGCCAGCGCCAGGUCCCCCCUCCCUUUCCCUCCUCGUUCCACAAUCUCUUGCUCUCUCUCAUCCCUCCUCCGCAUUGAAGCCACAACGAGCAAAACUAUCAACGGGCGGCCAAAAACAAUGACAACAAUCAACUAAAAUUAGGAAGAAGCGGGACAGCAUCGCUUGCGAAAGGGGUGCAGAGGGGAAAACGUUCCCAUUUGAUCUUACCCAGUAUUUUGAUGUGUUAAUCCUGCAAUAUAUUAUGAUAGCCGAUGUUUUGUAUUUCGUCCGAAUGUCAUUUUUGCCAUUGAUGUCUGGUUGUUUUUUCUUUUUUUUUUUUGUACGUCGUCCUCUUGUCUGUUGUUAUCUUCUUUCCGACCACCUACCAAUCACCUGAAUUACGGAUUGAAUCCCAACGAUGUGCUCUCGCGCGUCCUACUUUACGUGCUCGAAUUUUAUGUUUAGUUUUUUUUUUUUCUUUUUCUUUUCUGUUAUUAUUAUUUGUGUGUGUGUGUGUGUCCUGUUUGGCGAGCCCUCCCCCCGAAAAUGUCUUCACGAAUAACGAGUGGUGUCAUGUUGCUAUUCAUUAAUAUUAAGAGACAGAACCACAAAGAGAAACCCCGUGAUCCUCUCACAGGUUAUUUUCAGAAAAUUUAUGUCAAUUACAGUCUUAGUUUCAGUUUACGUAUACUACCUUAAUUUUUCAAACAAGCCAGAAAAAAUUUUAGUUUUACGAUUUAGUUAGCCAAUUUUUUUUUUUUUUUUUUUUUAUGGGAAGCAAUUGGUUCCCUCCCCUCCUACAUUUUUUUGUUUUUUUUUUGUUUAUUUAUUGGUUUUCAAAUUUUCUUUUUGUGUCAUUCUCUUUGGAUGGCCGAACAAGUUAUGCACCAAUCACCUACCCAGUAACCGCUGCCCUGUUCCCAUGACUCUCCUUUAUACAUAACUUGGCAUGUAUUUAUAUAGUCCUUAAUUGAGUGAUGAAGUGACGUCUCGUUUACUUCUUUUUUUAUUCACUCGUUAUUUGGUCGAAUGCUUUAAUAAGAAGGGGGAAUGUAAUCGUUGUUGUUGCUGGCCAUCAUCGACCGCGAUGGAAAUUCGCGUUGAAAGUUCAAAAUGGAAAUCUAAAAUAAAAAUUAUAUUCUGCUGGCGAGUCUCACGUAAUCAAUAGGGAAUUGACACCCGCUUUUUGUGUGUGUGUGUGUGUGUGUGUGUCUUGUUUUCUUUUCCAAGCAGGGUUUCUUUCACGUUCAAGUCUUCUUUUUUUCUUUGUGCGUGCGUGUGUGUCAUUAUUGUUCUUCUGCCUUUCUUCACCACAGAGCAAGGCGCGGUGUAACAAUGUCGAUUUCCCGAUUACGUCGAAAGUAGGAAUAUAAUCCAAAAAAACUUGAAAAUCAGGCACACCAUCGUUUCGGUGCAAUGUCGCCGCUCCGUAUUAUUUUCUCUCUGUGUCCGUUAUGUUCCGAGAGAUCAAUAAACAAAAUGGGCGAGUUCAUGUACAGUUGUGCAACACAGAUACUUCCCCUCUUUUCUUGAUUAGGUUUUUCCCUUUUGUUUUUCUUCUCUCCCUAAUAGAGGAUAAAAGGGCGUGGUUUAGCCGUUUGUUUCGAACCCUUGUGUUUGUUUAUCAAAAGCAUCGUCUUACAGCGUAUGUGCCCGUUUUCACCCGUGAACAUGUUUGACCAUGAUGAACAAUGUCUCGAUACCAAAGCCAGUGUGUUUCCUCUCAAAGUUAUGUAUUCGGUUCCUCUCGUGUCCUUUGUCACCUCUACCAAUUUCUUCGUCCACCUGCCCCCUCUCUGCCCCAUCGCAUACAUUCAUCCGCCAAUUUGUCCCCUCACCCUACACAAUGGAUUCAAUUCUUCUCGCAAGGAGGCAGAGAGAACAAAACUGAUUUGGGCCUAUUCUAUUUCAUCUAUUUUCGGCCUAAUUAUUCACUAGAUGGAUUUUAUUUUUUAUUUUCCUGCGGGUGUACAUUUGUUUGUUCGAAAGCUGCGUGUUUGUUUUUGUUUUUUUCUGUUUUUUUCUACUCUCGUCUAUUCUUCACGCGUUUCUUACGUUUCACGUGGUUUACGUAUGCGUUUGUCGAGCGUGCAUUAUGCGUGAUCUGUGCAUACAUGUGAGUGGGUGAGCUACGGUAGAGGAUGAUUGAAGUAUGUCUUCUUUUCUUAUUUUCGGAUCAGAUAGUAUGUUGCAUCUAGUUCCACACCAUGUUCCUGGAUAUCUACGGUGACUCUCUUUUAUUUUCGAGCUCCGUUGGAUCAAUCUUUUUUUUUUGUUUUUUUGUUAUUAUGCUCGUUGUGUUUUUUCUUCCCUCCCCCCUUUGUCACCAAUAUUUAAUCGCCACUACUUGUUUAUUUCCUCCUAUUGUCUCUGCCGGAAAAGGCAACAGUGUAUUUCAUUUGUUUCCGCCAAUUGGAACAUCCCGCAUAUAUAUAUAUAUAUAUAUUCAAAUCCCUCACAAAACAAGACAAAAUCUAUAAAAAAAAAUUAAAAAAAAAAAAUAAAUUACAUUAUUGUGCGAAUCCGUGUCGUCGCUGUUGAGCGGUACACCAGUCAUUGGAAUCAUUAUUCAAUCUAUUUCUUUUUUUUUUUAAAUCUUUUUUCGGCGUUUUGUACUAUAUUACAAUUGAUUAACCCAUCUCUAUUGGGUUUAUAUUUUCUUCGUCCCAUUGGAGACUUCUUGAUUCUUCUUUCUCAUUUUCCAGCCAUUAUGCUCUGCACUCCAAUCGACUGUACCUCAUCUGAAUUAGUUACAACAACAGAACACAAAUGAAGAAGAAAUCACCAUAAUUGAUACUUUCAAGCAACAGUUAGAUAAAAAUGCCGCUAUACAAAAGAUAUGUGCUUCAUUCUUUAUUUGUUUGUGUGUGGGAAUAAAAACGAAAAAAUCUGAGUAAAAUUUCA